AUGGGAUUUAUAUCUUCGAUCUUGUGUUGUUUAACGGAUUCUCCAAAGUCAAAAACACAAAGCCAGGUUAACUCAGGCAAGAAAGUUUCACAAAUCACCCCUAUCAAUUCAAGCAGCAAAAAAUCUGCUAUUCACUCGUCCCUUUCGAAUUCAUCUCAAAAGAUGAUUCAUGGAACAAGGCCAGUAAACUCCAAAAACAUUGACAAAAAGAGCCGGUCAAAGGAAAAGGAGCUAGAAAAUGACAGAAUCUAUUCCAAGAGUAAUGAUAAUGUAACUGACAAGGGCAGAGCGCCGACGAAGAAACGUUAUAACAGCACGAAUACCAAUUUGACAAAGAAAAGAGGGCAAGCCAUGAGGGCCCCGCCUAUUCAUGGCUUGGCUGAGAUGGAAAAGGAUUCAGAUAAUGAGAAGAAGGAUUCUGAAAAUGGAGAAGUGGAGGAAGUGAAUGAUGAUGAUAAUGAGGGCAAGGAGACUGUAGAUACGCCUAACAAAGAUAAGGAAAAGCUUGACGUCGAUGCUUCUAACGAGAAGGAAACUCAAGCAGUUUAUGUUUACAAUGGUGAAACCGACACUAGUACUGGUGGCUCUAGCUAUGAUCACCCACAGCAAAAGGCAAAUCAAGAACCAUUUCAGCCACACGCAGUAGGAACAGUACAACCGUCUAUUCAAACUGAAACAACUUCCCCUAACCAGCCUAGAUCUCUAAACGAACAGGAGCUAAUUACAACAGUUCACGAAGGUGAAAAUUACAGCAGUGCUGAUGACACGGAUACUGGUUUGCAAAAGAGAUCGAGCAAUAAUGAUGAAGAGGGCGACUAUGACAUGGCACCGCCCUAUGAAGAGGACGAGGAAUAUUUUGAUCUGACGGAACUACAACCUGGACAAACACAUGCUAUGGGCUUCAACACCUUACUUGCCCCUCAGGAUCCAAAAUUUUCUGGUAAAAAAUGCUUAGUAUUGGACUUAGACGAAACUUUGGUUCAUUCAUCUUUUAAGUAUAUAAGAACCGCAGAUUUUGUUUUACCGGUCGAUAUUGAUGAUCAAAUUCAUAAUGUUUAUGUCAUAAAAAGACCUGGAGUCGAUGAAUUUUUAAAAAGGGUUGGUGCUCUUUAUGAGGUAGUCGUCUUUACCGCAAGUGUUUCAAGAUAUGGUGACCCUUUAUUAGAUAUAUUAGACAAGCAUAAAAUGAUUCAUCACCGACUAUUCAGAGAAUCCUGUUAUAAUUAUGAAGGUAACUAUAUUAAGAACCUAUCACAAAUUGGAAGACCUCUUUCCGAAAUAAUAAUUCUCGAUAAUUCACCUGCUUCUUAUAUUUUCCAUCCUCAACAUGCAAUCCCUAUAUCCUCCUGGUUUUCCGAUACACAUGAUAAUGAAUUACUCGAUAUUAUCCCUCUUUUAGAGGACCUUUCGGAAAGAUCAGUACCAGACGUCGGUAAGGUGUUAGAUGUAACAAUCUAG